UUGAUGCCUGGGGCGGGGUUCCCAUCCAGUCAGUCCACGCGAUAUCUGAGCGUACCUAGACUGUAAUAAUAUCUUGGUAAUGAUGGGUAAAUGAGGGGAAAGGGGAGGAAGACGAGAUGGAUGGGAAUUCUAGACCGUCAAUCGUGAUGUGCGUUGCCAAAUUGGAACAAUUGGAAGGGAUCCGCGCACAUGAUCCCCGUUGAUGCAUCGUGGAUUCGAGAUAGAAUUGUGGAUUUAUCCAUCAAAUGUCGUUGAGAUGAGAUGAGAGCCGGCCGAACCGGGGGUGGGGGCCAGGUUUUUAGUGGACUUUGGAGGCUUUUUUGGUGGGGAGCUCUCCCGUUACUCGGGCCCAGGCCAGGCGGGAUGAACGACGAGCGCUACACGAGAUCUCAAAAUUUUGGGAAACGUGAGGCUCAGCACGAUAUCAGCAAAUACUGGUAGUCUAGUUCCAUUUAAGAGUUCUUGGUGGUGUAGGUAAUGUAACAAAUAAAUAAACAAUUGCUUCCCACCUCCAUUCCUUCAUCAUCAAUUAUCUCCAUCCACGUCAGCUCCUCCUCCUCAUCCAUCCAUCCAUCCAAUUGUCACCAUUGUUCUCCAAUUUGGAUUACAGUUGACUUUGGCGGCAUCAUUGGCGCACACAUCUUUUCCCGCUUUUGUUCCUGGGCGCUAAUCAGCAGUGCUUAUCCCUGCACCAUCGACGUCAAGCUUAGGGAGCUCCAGCUUCAAGCUCUUGCCACCUGAGCUCAUAAGUCUUGGGUAUUGGGCUGCCACUGUUUGCUUUAUAAAACAAUAUCGUCUCUCUUUAGAGAGUCUUCCUUUUUUUUUCUCCCUCCUCCACGCAUCUUCUCGUGAUACCCGCACUUUGAGUUGCUCUUUGACUAUGUCUUUUGCACCUGCUCUUCGCCUUUGUACGCGCCGCGUUGUCGCUUCAGCUCUGAUCCGCCCUUCUAUCACGUUUGCUGGUGCACGAAAGCUUCACAGUGGCCCUCCUCGUCAGGACAAGCCCGGAAAAUACGCCCAGACUGAUCCUCAGAUCGAGGUCGAGUACCCAGAAGACCAUGAGCUCCCUAGCAGUGAGCCUGUCGCUGGCACUGGUGGCCAGUACGUGAAGCCUACACUUCCUACAUUUUCGCUUGAUGGUCAUGUCGGUAUCGUCACUGGCGGUGCUCGUGGUUUGGGUCUUGUCAUGGGCCAGGGAAUGGUCUUUUCUGGCUCUCACCUUGCUCUUGUUGACAUGAACAAGGAAGAAGCCGAAAAGCAGACCAGUCUUCUCAUUGAAGCUUUCAAGAAGGAGAACCCUCGAGCUCGACGAACCCCCAAGGUCACAGCCCACUAUGCCGAUGUUUCUGACCCUGAGUCUGUCGAGGCUUGUAUCGCUGAGGUCGUCAAGGAGCAUGGAAAAAUCGACAACCUGGUCACUUCAGCUGGCUUCACUGAGAACUUCGAAGCCGUUAACUACCCCAUCGACCGUCUCCGCAAGCUUUGGGCUGUCAACGUUGACGGCACUUACCUCUUUGCGACCUCAGUUGCCCGCCACCUGAUGGAGCGAAAGGCCCCAGGAAGCAUUGUCAUGAUCGGUAGCAUGUCCGGUGCCAUUGUCAACGUCCCUCAGCCCCAGGCUCCUUACAACGCUGCCAAGGCUGGUGUUCGACACCUUGCCGCAUCUCUCGCCGUCGAAUGGGCUCAUGCCAACAUUCGAGUUAACUGCAUCUCUCCUGGCUACAUGCUUACUGCUCUGUGAGUGCACUCAAAGCUGCUUCCAGUAAAGCUGUAACUAACGUGGUCACCACAGCACCCAGAAGAUUCUUGACGACAAUCCUGAUCUGAAAGCGAAGUGGACUUCUCUCAUUCCUCAAGGUAAGAUGGGUCAACCUCAAGAUCUCAUGGGUCCCGUUGCUUUUCUGCUGUCUGAUGUAAGUUUACUCCCUGGCAUUUCGAAAUUCUGAACUCAUCGGUGAUCCUUGACAGGCCUCCUCCUAUGUCACUGGUGCUGAUAUCCGAGUUGACGGCGGUUACACCGUAACCUAAGUUUCAAUGAAACAAAGGCGAAAAGGAGUUUGGCUAAAAUUGCACCCUAAUUGGUUUUUUCAUACGGUUGGGCUGGCGUGCCCGAUGGCGAUUGGAAUUCGAUAAUGUAUCUAAUGAGACGAGGAAACUUGCACAUCGAUCGAUGCCUUGAAGAAAAUGAGCACCUAUGAUUUCUAUAACUUUUGACAUUGACAUUGACCUGUAACUUGAUUUAUUGUCAAAUUGAAACAUAAAUGUUUAAUGCGGUCAGAAAUGGGUUGACACUUAUCAAUAGUAAUGUUAUUACAUGAAGUGUUGUAUAUGGACACAUGUCUUGAGGAUCCCACUAUACCGAUGUGAACGAAUGGUUCAAGGGGUUUUUUGGGUUCUUUGAAAUGUUGUG